UCUCCGCCUUCCUCUCUCGGCCUUCCGCCCUGAGAAACCGAGACAAGGAAAUAUGGGGACGAUGCAGCUACUGUUGCUAAGGGUUGACGAAGAGAAGGGGCGGUGGCGGAGCGACCGAGAGAGAGAGAGAGUGAUGGUUGUAGCUGUGGCGGGUGGGGGCGGGGUCGAGCUGGAGUUGGCGGCAGUGGGGAAGGAGGAGGAGGAGCAGGAGGAGGCCGUGGUGGCACAGGAUUGCCCUCCGGUGAGAGGGGUGCGGGAGGCGUGGGAGCUGUUCACGACGGAGUCGAAGAAGCUGUGGUGGAUCGGGGCGCCCAUCGCGUUCAACGUCGUAUGCCUCUACGGGUUCAGCUCCUCCACCCAGAUAUUCGUCGGCCACAUCGGCAACCUCGAGCUCUCCGCCGUCGCCGUCGCUCUCAACGUCGUCUCCACCUUCUCCUUCGGCUUCCUUCUCGGCAUGGGGAGUGCACUGGAAACCCUUUGCGGGCAAGCCUUCGGAGCCGGUCAGAUCGAGAUGCUGGGCGUGUACAUGCAGCGCUCCUGGAUAAUCCUUGUAGCUUCUUCGUUCCUCAUGUGCCCGAUCUACAUAUUUGCUGCGCCGGUGCUGAAGCUCAUCGGCCAGGACGAUAAGAUCGCUGACCUCGCCGGCCACUUCACCAUCAGCAUCAUCCCCCAGAUGUUCGCACUGGCGUUCAACUUCCCCACCCAGAAGUUCCUUCAGGCACAGAGCAAAGUGGUUGCCCUGGCUUGGAUCGGUUUCGUGGCUCUCCUCCUCCACAUCGCGCUGCUGGUCCUCUUCAUCGUCGUCUUCGGAUGGGGAUUGGGCGGGGCAGCCGCUGCCUUCAACGUAUCGGCAUGGGUGGUCUCGCUGUCCCAGGUGGCGUAUGUGAUGGUCUGGUGCAAGGACGGGUGGACCGGCCUCUCCUGGUCGGCCUUCAGGGAUAUCUGGGCAUUCGUUAGGUUGUCACUUGCUUCUGCAAUCAUGCUUUGCCUCGAGGUUUGGUACAUGAUGAUCCUCACCGUGCUCACCGGCCACCUCGACGACGCCGAGAUCGCCGUCGGCUCCAUCUCUAUCUGCAUGAACAUUAAUGGUUGGGAGGGCAUGAUAUUUAUAGGAUUGAAUGCGGCUAUAAGCGUUCGGGUGUCCAACGAGUUAGGAUCGGGUCGCCCCCGGGCUACAAGAUACGCUGUGGUCGUGGUGCUCGUCCAGUCUCUGGCGAUCGGCCUCCUCUGCAUGACCAUCAUCCUCGCAACCCGGAACCAUUUCAGCGUCAUCUUCACGAGUGAUAGAGACAUGCAGCGAGCGGUUGCAGACAUAGCGUAUCUUCUGGGCAUCACCAUGGUGCUUAACAGCAUCCAGCCAGUUAUCUCAGGAGUGGCCGUCGGAGGUGGCUGGCAAGCGCUGGUGGCUUACAUCAACUUGGGUUGCUACUACAUAUUCGGCCUUCCUCUGGGGUUCCUAAUGGGUUAUGCACUCCACUGGGGAGUGCAGGGAAUUUGGUUCGGUAUGCUGUGUGGCACGUUUGUCCAGACGCUCGUUCUCCUGUUCAUAAUCUGGAACACCGACUGGAAGGCCGAGGCAGCCGAAGCUGCAGAACGCGUGCGGCUGUGGGGUGGACAAGAAGGGUAUCAGAAGGUACAAAUAUGAUGGAUGAUGGGGUGGGGGUGGGGGUGGUGGGGCUUCAUCUUCAUCGUAAGUUUUAUAUAGGCAUAUUGUGAUUAGUAGAGCUCCGGGGAAUUGGCUUUCGCACAAAACCCU